AUGGGGACCUAUCACUCCUCUCCAGGCAGUACGUUCUGUGCCGACGCGGACGUUGAAGUCACCAAGGACAAUCAACUUAUCCAUCUUCGGCACAGACGCCACGAGGGCGUGCAGGUCCUCAUAGAAUUUGUUCCUUGCAGCGUCGGGACUACUCAUCGAGGGAACGUAGACACUGACGAUGAUGGUGAAUUUGCCUCCCCGGAGAGGCAGGUGGAGGCGCAUCGGACGAUCGUUGAUACCCCGCGACAGACAGGGCAGUUGUCCUACGAUGUCAUUCCGGAUGGCGAAGGCGACACCCGCGUCCCGUCGCUCUGCCCUAGGGCGACCGCUCUAGAGAAGGCUGUAGCCGACACCAACCUCCUCCCGUUGGCCUUGUUCGGAGAAGCGGGUCUAGCUGGGUGCGACGAUGUCCACCUUGUAGCGCGCCAGUUCCCGAGCCAAUAG